AUGGUUGGCACAGCAGAUAUCCCUGGGCUCUCGGCAGAGAUCCCUUCCAGAUGCGUACACCUGCGUAAUCUACCUCGCAGGCCCUCAAGUUAUGACGCGUUCGUAAGAACACUGUUAAGCUGUGUUGACCCUCAAAAUAAGUUCGCAAAAGAUCGCGACUUACCACUACCGCAAAUAGACCUGAAGCAGCUUCCCAAGGACAACCGAAGGCUUGUUAUCGAUAAGUUCGGCUCAAGCGGCACGCACCUCGAUUUAGAGGCCGCCAAACGGUCAUUUUUAAAUGAUUCCAUCUUUACCAAUGCAGAAGCCACGAAGUCCCUUUUGAGUGACUUUUUAACCGCACUGCAAUCAGAGUAUGAACAAUCUCUCCACAAAUUAACCAUCGGUCAGUUCCGCAAAGCCUACAAGAAGUUUCAACAGGGCCUUCCCGAUUCAGAGCGCAAGAAGCUAAAUAGCUUGGAAGGCAUACGCUCUAAGACUAGAUCUCUAGAACGCGACAUAUGUACCGGCAGUAAGGCGUAUCUGUCCCCCCUCGAUCCUAGCUUAGGCAUCAUAGGACUCUCUAGGACAACGCACUGGAAGUACCAGAGUGAAGGUUUUCUGACCUUCGUUGAUGCCGGAUCGGCACGACACUUUGUAGAGACCUUCAAAGGCAAACUAGUGGUACAGGGGCGUAACGUUGGAGUUUCUUUUGCUACAAAAGACUCCAUGUUGGGUGCAUACUUGAAGGAGGGCAAGAGGGGAUUAGACCGUAUUAUGCGCGAGAAGCACAAAAGCUUGCCAGAUAAUAAACUGCGAGAUGAGGCUGCCAAGAAACAAAAGCGCCAUCUGCGAAGGCUGAGGACAAAGCUCGUCAACAAGGGCCUUUCCGAACAAGAAAUUUCUAGCAUUAUCAAAGCCAAGACUGAGCAGCCCGGCCUCUCAUCCCAAAGUUCAACAAAAAGACCAAGAAGCCCCUCGCCAGAGCCUGCUGCUAAAAAGAAAAAGGUUGUUGCGGAAGUGGCCGGCAAUCCACCAAACAAAGUGCUGCUGAUCCAAAACCUGCCCACUGGUGUCACCCGUGAAGAAGUUGCGGAUACUUUCCGCAGCGAGGGCCUGGUCGAAGUACGUCUUGUCGGCGUGAGAAAUCUUGCAUUUGUUGAAUACGAAACGGUCUCAAAUGCGACCGACGUGAAAAACAGACUGGGGAAUCCUUACGAGUGGAACGGAAGUGCUGUUUCAGUGGGGUUCGCCAAAUAA